AUGAACACAAACUCCUCUCACGUGGCAUUUUUCUUCCUCACUGCCUACUUCCACCUGGGGCCACUGCGUUACAUCGUCUUUGUUGUCCUUUUGAUUUUGUAUGUCUUGAUGCUUUUCUCCAACGCCCUGAUCUUGGCCAUCAUCUGUCAGAAUCGAAGUCUUCAUGAGCCCAUGUAUAUUUUUGUGUGCAGUCUGUUUGGUAAUGGUAUCUUUGGUAGCUCCAUCAUUUUCCCUUUGCUUUUAUACCAAAUCCUCCAAGAUGUACACAUUGUUCCAAGUGAAUUCUGCUAUUUCCAGACCUUUGCCAUAUAUGUGUACGGGACUGUUGAAUACUUCACUUUAUCAGUGAUGUCAUAUGAUCCUUAUUUGGCCAUUUGUGCACCGCUACAUUACAGCUCACGGAUGACCAGAAACAAAACCGCUGUGAUGGUGGUGAUGCCGUGGUUGUAUGGUUGUUUCAUUUGCCUUGUUAUGAUCAUGUUAAGUUCAUCUCUGCGUCUGUGUGGAAAUGUCAUCCAUAAGGUUUACUGUGACAACUUUCCCAUUGUAAGACUGGCCUGUUCUGACACAUCCACAUUAAAUGCUUAUGGACUGGUCAUCAGCAUCGUGAACAUAUUCUCCCCUCUGCUGCUCAUCCUGAUCACGUACCUGCUCAUUUUCCGUGUGUGUUUCUUUGGAAAUGCUCAAACGCGCCGCAAGGCCCUGAGCACGUGCAUGCCUCAUGUCAUAUCUCUGAUGAACUUUGGCCUUGGGCUGGAGCUCCCAGGAGCUGCAGUACCAAUCGACAUCACUCACGGACAGAGAGGAAGUGUCUUAUCUGUGAGCUCUCAGCACAGUGAACCCAAACUCUUCUCACGUGGCAUUUUUCUUCCUCACUGCCUACUUCUACCUGGGACCACUAUGCUGCCUCGAUUUUACUGUCCUUUUCCAAUUUUAGACCCCUUUGUGUACGGACUCAGUAUUUCCAAGAUCAGAGUCUGA